CGUUGUGAGCGCGAGAUGGAUUGUGGGUACAGCAUGGGCUGAGUUUCGUAAGGUUACCAAAGACAACAGGGACAAUGGUGGCUGUUUCAGCCCCGGUCCGCAGUGUGGAAGCCGCCGGUAGAGCCUCUCCGCUCUGAUGCAGCGGAUCACCUGCCUCGCUGCAUGCCGGGAGCUCGGCGGCCUCGCGGCUUGCUCACCCGGGCUCUGCGCCUGGAAGAAGGGCCCGACCAGCAGCCUGCAGCUGGCCUUUAGCCGGCAGCGGACGAGGGUGUGUGUGCGUCCUGCGCGCCCUUUCACGUGGGAGACCGGAGGAGGAGGUCAGGGCCGGAGGGUGUGCAGGCGGAGGGUCGUGUUCGCCGGUCAGAGACACAGACUGUUCAGCUCUCAGCCUGGAGCCGAGGAACCCCCGGGGAGACAACCUGCUGUCUCUGUGGUCGGCAUCCCGGAUCCCAUCACGUGGAUCCGGUGCAGAGUCAUCAUGUAUCUGAUCGACCUGUACUUUCAGUUAGACAUCAGCUCGGAGGAGUUUGACAAAGGAGUAAAGCAGGCUUUGGUCCAUGUCUCCAACAUGAUGUCAAGUGGCAGCUACCACAGGCUGGUGGGGAUCGUAUCCAAAGAGAUGAUCGAGUACGUUGAGAAGAGGUGCAGUUCUCUCACAGAAGCUAACAGGCAGCAGCUCGCCAUCGCUAUGGAUGAUAUUGUGUUUGUGCUGCCGGAGGAUGUGUCCGUCGUCUUUGACAGUCACGGUAGAAAGUUCUGCCAUAUCACCAUGAGGUUCUGGUGUCUGUCAACACAUGAAGGUCCUGAAGACCCCGAGGGCACAAAGUUAUUCAGAGUGUCCUCAAGUGAAGACGGCAGCCCACCGAAGAAAAUCGUCACCGCAGUCUAUGAAUUCCACCGGGAGUUGACGAGUGGAGCCUCUCCUGACUGGACGGUCACAACCAUUUGGCACUGGCACUGGAAAAUGGCUGAGUGAUAUGAACGACGCCGUUAGUGAGUCAUUAACACAACAUGCGGAGUACCGCUUUACUGAAACUGGACCACAGACGAAGACACUGACCACAUGAAAUGGGACCCAGAGCCGUCACUGAUGUGCUAUGCAGACACCUGAACAUGUCAGAAGUUCUUUAAUGAAUUCUUGUUCCUACUUGAAGGUCGACCUCAGACCAUACGAUGCCUUUAAAGUCCCACUCCAUGGAUUUUAAUUACACAGCUAAUUACUGUAUGACUCCACUGAAUAAACUGUAGAACAUGAA